GAGAAACAGCCUCAUGUCAAGGAACAUCCUGAUGUCAAAGAACAGUCUAGUGUCCAACAGGAUGCUACUGUCCAUGUGGAACCCUACUGCUGUUCACCCGCCUUAACCACUCAGAGAGAGUUACUGCUGAGUAGUCCUGUUGAAUUGAAGAGAGGCAUGCAGAAACAGGACCGUCAUUUAUUUCUCUACAAUGAUAUACUUAUUGUCACUAAAAUAAAGUAUAAUAACAGUUAUAAAAUUAAAUAUAAAGUAAGAUUGUCUGAUAUGUGGAUAUCAACGUGUACCGAAGAAGUUGAGGAAAGAAACUGUAAUUCUGUUAAAUCAUUCAUGUUAGGAUGGCCCAUAGUAAACUUCGUGGCAACAUUUAGCUCUGCAGAGCAGAAGGAAAAUUGGCUUACCUUGUUACAAAGAUAUGUCAACAUUGAAAAGGAAAAAGAUUUUCCGAAGGUUGUUUCAAUGAAGGUUUAUACGCAGAAUAUUGACAACUGUGCAAAGUUCAAAACUUUGAAUGUUAAGAACUCUGAGACCGUAAUCGAAGUCAUCAAUACCUCCCUUUCGGAGUUAGGAUUAACUGGCACUGAAAGGGAUUAUCAAUUGUGGAUUCAUACUGGAAAACUGGCAUCACCGUAUCUUCUAGUAGGUCACGAGUUCCCUUAUAGCAUCAAAAUGAGUCAUGUCAGAAGCAGCCUUGGCAUCAUGGUACCGAAGACUAAGGACAUAACUUUCAUCCAGCAGCAGCUCUUAACAACAGAACACCUGCCUCCCGGAUCAAGAUGCCAGUUUAUUUUGAAACCCACCCGCAGGACUCCUGCUUUGACCACGAAUGGCCACAGAAAUUUUCUGCGACGAAGAUCUGUUAUGAACUGGGCAUUUUGGAGAAGCCCUAACACACAGUUGGAUAAUGGAUUAGAUUCUUCCUUACCAACAUCUCCUGUGACAGGAAAACUAUUUGGUAUCUCUUUGCCAAUCAUAUGCGAAAAUGACAAUUUGCCAACACCAAUCAUGAACAUGCUAUGGCUCCUUUAUGAACGGGGGCCCUUGACAAAAGGCAUAUUUCGUCAAUCUGCAAAUGUGAAGGCGUGUAGGGAAUUAAAAGAAAAAUUAAAUGCCGGCGCUGAUGUACAGAUUGAUUGUGAGCCACUUUUUGUGGUGGCCUCCGUUUUUAAGGAUUUUCUGCGGAGUAUUCCAGGUAGUAUAUUUUCAUCAAACCUGUUUGAUCAUUGGCUUUCCAUAAUGGAUGAAGUGAACCAUGAGGAGCGCAUCCAUACUAUCCAACUACUCUUACAACAGCUUCCAAGAGCGAACACCAUUGUCCUGAAAUACCUAUUCGGAGUGCUACACUGCAUUGAGCAAAAUUCCUCUUUAAAUCAGAUGAACGCUCUCAACUUAGCUAUUUGCAUAGCCCCUAGCAUCUUGUGGCCACCAACAGAUUCACGGGAAAUGGAAAACGAGUUUUCCCAAAAAAUUUUGAACCUUAUUCAAUUUGUAAUAGAAAAUUGUUACAGAAUUUUUGGGGAGGAGAUAAUUUCCCUCUUUGGAGAAGUCUCUAAACGAUAUGAUAGCAGAGAGAAUAUUCCAGACUCUUGUGUUCCUUUGAAUGAUUCCUAUGACAGUCUGGAAAAUGAACUUGAAGACUUUCACCCAUAUGAUAUGCCAUGUAGUGAUAUCCAGCAGCUGGGGAGGGAGAGCAGAAGCCUUGAUUCUUUUGCAGCACUUAGUGACAUGGACACCACAGCAACCAGUCUCUUAACUCUGAGUGACCUGAGUUUAACUUACUCUAAGGAAGAUUUAGAAGAAGACCCACCUGUUGGUGAUAGAGCCGAAGAUUCUGUCUUACUCUCAAACCCUCCCCUGGAGAGCCAAACCAAGCUCCCCUCAGGCAGAAACAUAGCUAAAAGUCCUAAGUGUGCCAGACGUCAGCGGCACUCGUCGGAGCCCACACUUUCCACAGAACCCUCUCUCAAGGAGAAUGUUCCCCAGGAAUCAUCAGUGGAUGCCACACUGGCUGAUGCUGUGCUCUUUGCAAACUCCCACCAUGCCGAUCAUGCCAGGGAUUCCUCAGGGGGAACCCUGGUCAGAUCUGGGUCCAGCAGACUGAGCCUGUGCUCUGAACCAGCCCCUGAAACACCCCACACCCUCACCGAGUGCAUUCAGGGGGCCCAGCCUUCAGAGCCCAUCACACCAGGUGCUCCAAACCCCAGGAGGCGGCAGCGGCGCUGCUCUGAGCCCACUACAAACAGCCUGAGUACAAAGUGGGCCUCUUGGAAAGAAUUUUAUCAAAAGAAGUUUCGCAAGAAUAGCUGUGACUCAGUCCUUUCUCCAACAGAAACUGACUGUUUGAAGCAAAAUUCAUCGCGCAAAGCAGAAAAGCAAUGUUUAGAGAGAUCUGUUACAGGACUGGGGCUGCCUAAAAAGAGUAAAAAGACCAACUCACCCACUCACCAUUUCAGACUAUUUUCAAAAUCGAAUGCCGUUAUGUCGUGCGAUUCCAUUUCGACACUAGGCAGUGCCAGGGAUGAAUCCAUGGUCCCAGAUCAUCGAAGCAGCUCCCCAGCACCCACAAAAGAAGCCCAGAGGAACCGGCGUUCCUCUGAGCCCAGCACUGGAAGCCAGCCCUGUGAAUUGAGUGACUCAGUAGAACCACAGCCACCAAACACAGUGCACCUUACUCUGGAAGAGCGCCUGAAAUGGCAGAAUGCUCUGAAACUCGAGGGGCAGACAUUAAUUCAACAGAGCAUAGCAAUGGGUAUCAAAGUAGGUAAGGACAAAGAAAAUCAAAAGGAGGCAUGUUCAUCAAGUAUAUCUUCCCUGGAUACAACAGGCACUGUUCUUUCACAUGAGACUGUGUUCUCCCUAAAACCUACAUUUUCUACCACCAACAAAACCUCCUGUCCUGGAGGGCCUGUGGUUCAAGUGGAAUGCGAAUCAGGGGACCUUCAUUUGGAUUCUUAUGAUGCCAGCCAGAAUUCAGAAAUAGCUAAUCUCUCAUCUGGGCAGGCAAGAAGCCCUCUGACUUCUAAGAAAAAAGACACGUCGGGGUGGCAGUCACAGCUUCACUCCCUUCAACCUGGCACAUGGAUAAGGAGCAGUCUAGUCAGUUUGAAGAAUUGGUCUCUCAAUAAGAAGGCCAGGACCAUCAUACCAGAGGAAAACUCUACUUUAAGAGAGGCCUCUGGCUGUCCCAAAUCCACAACAUCACAGGCAGCCCAGGAGGCCCACUGUGACCUACAAGCCAAUGUCCCUGAGUCCUGUGGAAAGGUCCCCCAGGAGGAAGGGGACAGUAAGCCUGGCUGUGCUGGUAAUAUGCCCCAAGAAACAUCCCCCCUCUACUCUAUGACACAGAUUCCAACUGAGGACAAAAUUCCAAGCCAGGAUGGGGACAAAACUUAA